AAGCAACAAAGUUCCGCAGCGCACUCACAACCAGUUGAGUUUAGGGCCGUAAAUACUACGAGUACGUGCGGAUACGGAAUACGUCGUUUGCAGCACGGGCCUGAAGCCGUUUAUUACGUAUACGCACCGCGUGCCGCCGCCUGGCAAACUUUAAUAUUUUCCAUUAGUGUCACAAGGCAAAUAUGAAGCCGAAAUGUAAAUGAAAAUGAGCGGGCCAGUCUAGAAGCGCAAAAAAGAUAACAGCUGGGCACACAGCCGUAGUUGGGUGAAAUCAAUGGCGAUAAGGCGUCAAAUACUUGACAAAAAGAAUGGCAAAAUAGAAAUGGCAAGUGCUUAAAGUGAACUGAAAUAUAAAAAAAGUAUCAAAUCAAAUAAAGAAAGCCCAAAGCUAUACAAUAACAAUAAACCCAAACUAUUAUUCAACGAAAAAUAAAUACAAAUAAAUAAAAAGCAAGAGAAAAUACAAAAAAUAGCAAAGACCAAUAUCAAUAAAGGGAAAACACAAAAAAGUAAAAGCAGCAAAAAUCAGCGGAAAAAUAUGUGAAUAGGCAACCAGCAAAUCAAACGGAAUAUAAAGGAAAUUGUAAUUCUUUGGCACUUCACUAUUUUUUGCCCAUUCACGUGAUAAGGAAAUGGUAAAAGACCUCAGAUAGACAUAUAGAUUGCAUGACCAUUUUCAAGAGGUGGAGACAUAUUUCUCGAUUUCGAUUUCGAUUUAAUGUGAGUGCCGGGCGAGCAAAUACAAAUAAACAAACAAAUCAAGCACAAUAGAGUUCUCUUACAUUCCGUUGCGAUUCACACUGCUCCAGUACGGCGCGUUUGGCGUACGGAAAAUGCAACACAAAUAUUAGCAAUGCCAUAAAACAAUAAACCCGAACGUAUUAAUUGCAAUCUUGUGAUAGUGAAAAUAUGGAAACGAAAAGCCAAGCGAAAAGGCAAAAAAAAACAAACAGGAGGUAUCUUAACAGCAAAUUAGCAAAGGGACAAAACUGAAUAAGUAAAGAGGUUACAACGAAAAGUUUCGGAGAAGCGAGCUUCGGCAAACAUCGACAGCUGGGAAAAGCAAAUCAUAAGUAAACACUGAGGACAGGACCAGACAACCGCGCAGGACGAGGGAUAAACGUGGUAGUUGCCAUGAGAGCAGCCUCGGGUGUUGACCAGGAGUGAAAGGAUCUGGGAAAAGUGUACCGCAGCAGCAGCAGCAAUAGCAGCAACAGCAGCAGCAAAGCGCAACAGCUGCUGCAGCAAUCCAAACAGCUGCUGCAGCUAAGAGCAACGUGCAACUGGCAACAACGAGGGCAACAAUAAGAGCCGCCAGAGACAACACCCGCAAUCAAAUCAAAUUCAAAGAUGCAAAUUGCAAUUUGCAUACAAAUGCAUGCGCACCAGACGAGCAACAUCACAACCACAAACAGCAACAGCAGCACAAAUAACAAAAGCCUCGCAAAUUGUUGUCAAAUGCUAUAAAAUUGAACGGAACAACUCUGGAGCACACUUGCAAACAUAUCAUUGAGCGGGUGUAGGGUUCAAGUCAACAAAUCAACAUGAUCAAGGGCAUUCUGAUACAGCGCAAGAGCCAGGAGGAUGCCAGCUACACCAAGCAGCUCAAGAUGGAGCACGCCGAUCUGGUGGCCGAGAUGCAGACCGUGGAGAGCCUGCCCACCCACGAGCGGCUCCAGCUGGCCAGACUACGUCGUGCCCAGCAGCUGAAGCUCUCCAGGCAGAAGGACAAGGAGUGGGCCAAGUUGCAGCGGGCGAAGGGCAACACGGCGAGCGGCGGCAGCGGAACCGGAUCCGGAUCACUGGGCAACGGACUGAUGAACGGCAACGGAGAUACCACGCACCACUUCCGGCACGCCAAUGGAUCGGGCACGUUGAGCGGCAGGCGGCACAUAUCCUUCGAGAACAGCGUGGUGCUGCUCGAGGCCGCAUCCCGGAACGAUAUGCCCGAGGUUGCGGCUCUGCUGCAGCACGGAAUCACGCCGGAUGCCGCCAACGAGGACGGACUGACGGCGAUGCAUCAGGCGUGCAUUGAUAACAACGUCGAGAUGCUGCAGCUGCUGCUGGAGUACGGUGCGAAUGUGGAUGCGCAGGACAGUGAUAAGUGGACGCCCCUUCAUGCGGCCGCCACCUGCGGCCACCUCGACCUCGUCCGCAUCCUCAUCCGGCACGGCGCCAAUCUGCUGGCGGUCAACACCGACGGCAACAUGCCCUACGACCUGUGCGACGACGAGAACACAUUGGACUUCAUCGAGGGCGAGAUGGCUCAGCGUGGCGUGACCCAGGAGCUCAUCGAUGAGACGCGCUCCUCCACGGAGCGGAUUAUGCUGCGCGACCUAAUGGAGUUGGCUCGCACAGGAGGUGACUUGGAGGAGCCGGACUACCAGUGCGCAACUCCGCUUCACAUAGCUGCGGCCAACGGAUACGUCCGCGUCGUGGAGUUUUUGCUGGAGCAGCAUGUCAACGUGGAUGCCAUGGACAAGGAUCUGUGGACCCCGGUUCAUGCCGCCGCUUGCUGGGGUCAUUUGGAGGUGCUGGAGAUGCUGGCACAAUGUGGUGCUGAUCUGAAUGUUCGCAACAAGGACGAUGAGACUCCUUCAGACAUCUGUGAAGACCCCGAGAUCAGGGAGCGCAUCGAGCAGCUGAAGACGGAGCAGGAGAGCAAACGACUGGCCGAGGCACAGCGACGACGCGUUCGACGCUCGCAGAGCAACAACACAAGAGCCCAAUCAGUGCGACGCACCAGUUUGCGAGACAAAACGCUGACAACCAAAAAGGAUGCCGUCGAGGAGACGCGUCUGCGUCUGCAGGCGCAGGAGGCGACGGACUCGGAGGCUCCCUCCUCGGGAGGGGAUCCGCUGACCAAUGGCUAUGGUUACGGAAACAACAACGGCGAGAAGCGACCCUCGACGGGCAGUUCGAAUGGCCAACCACUGCCGCACUCCAAGUCCGCCGAUGCGCUGGACAAUGCCAUGAUGGCAUCCUCCGCCGCAUUGUCGGCCACCGCCACACAUUCCUAUCCGUCGCGCCGUCCACCGGAUGGCCGGGAAAACGAUGAGCUGCUCCGCCUGAAAGCCGCCGGUGGCGCGGCAGAGAUGCAGCGAGCUACCUCGGCGGCGGCCGUCAUCCUCACCGAAAAGGGAACGGCGGCCAGUGCCGAGGCCGUUCAGAUCCAGUCGUCGAAGGAGGCUGCCAACGGCAAAAUCAAUGUCCAGGUCACCGUCCUCGUGGACACCAAUAGCACGCACCACCAUCAGCAACAUCAACAGCAGCAGCAGCAUCAGCAACACCACCAGCAGCAACACGUGCUGCUGUUGCAGCAACACCAGCAGCUUCAGCAGCAUCAGCAGCAGCCGCAGCAGCAACAGCAGCAGCAGCAUGUUGCCUUGGAUGGCUACGGUGCCACAUUGGCCAACUUGAAGAAGCAGCGCUCGCUUUCACGCACCGCCAAUGUCCUCAAUACUUUCGAAUUGUCAUCCCAAGCAACUAGCAAUGCCCAUCCAAUUGCAGCAGCAGCUAGUGCCACACCAACUAAUGGUUCUGUUUUAGGAGCCGGCGGCAGCAGCAACAACAACAAUAACCUAAGCACCAGCAACAACAACAACAACGGAUCAGCACCGAUCUCGACGCAACCAACGCUGGGUCACAUGGGACACAUGGGUCCGGGCAGCGUACUAUCCGACUUCGAGGGCUCCUCACCGGCGGGCAGUUCGCUGAACAAGUUCAGCGGCAUCACUGGCGACGUGGUCACCGAUAGCACCAGUUCCAGUCGUAGGUGCUGCCUCCUGAUGUAGAAGGGCAUUGUAUUUGAGCAGCCAGAAUUGUUAGAGGGAUAGACCAUUUGUUAAAUGGCAAGAAAAAAGUGUCUUUUUAUUAGAUUAGCCGAAUUCAGUGAGUGAAUUGUUGAAUGUUGAUUACACAAAUGCAUGUUGGUUUUGAGCAUGGGGUUCAAUUCUGUGAGCUCCUAGAAACGGCUGAAAGUCGUUGCAUUUUCCUAGCAGACACAACAAAACACUAAAGACACACAACCAAUUAUACGAAACAAAUUUAUACAAAUAUACAACCAUAUGUAUACAUUUUAAUGAACAUAAAAAGAAUUACAUAUAAAAUAAUUGUGAGCAGUUUACCUUAGUCGAUAUACAUAUAAAAACUAAAUCAAAACGGAAACGGAAAAACAUCAAAAAAUAUUUAUAUAGCAAUGCUAAGAACCUAACUUAAUAGAUUUGCUUGGAGUGCAUUAGGAAUAUCUGUGUUUCCGUGUGUGAGUGUUAAAACCGAACAGGCAAAGUAUUAUGCAGCAAGUAAAUAUUUAACUAAAUAUAUAGUUAUAGUACGAUAGCGAAAUUGUAGUUAAACCGUGACAGCGAAGAAAAGCAAAGCAAUGAGACAAAAUGCAUAGCACUCAAGCAAUUUUCCAUAUAAGUGUCUAAAUGUUUGAAUUGAAAAGAAUUGAAAGAAUUGCUUAUGCCAGACAGCAUAGAGAUUUAUUUUGUAAUGCAACUACUUUGCUCUGCGUUAUGUAAGUUGCGUUUUGUUGAGAGGUACAAGAAUAUAUGUAUUAUUUAUGUAGCAACUGUCUUUGUAUAUAUACCUACACAAUUCCAAAAGAUGCAAAACAACGCGCAAUUAGCAAAUGAGACUUUUUCGAUGAAUGUCAAGGCAUUAGCUGAACGU